UCUGCAACCUGAAGCACCAUCAUGAAGUUUGCAGUGUUGAUUGCUCUGGCUGCUGUGGCCACCGGUGCGCCAAAUUACGGCUUUCCCACCCCUACCCCGCGCACCCCCGCCCCGACACCUGGAUACACAUACCAGGAGCCCAAACAGACGUACCUGGUGCCCGGGGCCCGCGCAGAAGGCGCAGGAAGCAGAGCAGAAGAGCCAAAAGCGCCAGUGCCGAUCCUGAAGGACGAGCGCGUGAACAACGAAGAUGGAAGCUACGCCGUCGAUGUCGAGACUGGCGACGGCAUUAAAACUUCAGAGACUGGCUCGCCGAACAGCGAAGGCGCCGUUGUUAAGAGUGGACACUAUUCCUACACCGCCCCGGACGGUUCCGUGAUCGAGGUCAAGUUCGUCGCCGACGAGAACGGCUUCCAGGCGGAGUCCGACGCCCUGCCCGUGGCUCCCGCAUUCCCUCACGAAAUUCCCGAAUUCGUGCUCAGGCAGAUCCAAUUCGCGGCUGAGGAGGACGCGCGUGCUGCCGCUGGAUCUGGAGCCGUACUGAAAGCUGCUGAAACGCCCUCGAACCUGUACGGGCAGCCACACUAGGAUUAGCGAGGAUGACUUGAAAAGGAGGAAACAGGAAUCGAAGACUUUUACACCCUACAUUUAUUUAUUUAUUGUUGCAUCUGAAGUGAUGCAUGUUUAGAUAUAAAAGACGCAGUUCCCAAACGACGGCUUCUGUCAUAUCCUCUGCAAUCUCUUUUACUUAUUUCAUAUGCAUUCAUUACUACUCACUUCCAAGCUCUGUCUCCCUUUGUCCGACGCCUGCCUGUGGCUCCCGAAUUCGUGCUCAGGCUGAGGAGGCUGCGCUCGCCGCUGCUGAAGCUCAAGCCGCACUGAAAGCUACUCAAGCGCCCUCGAACCUGUACGAGAGGCCACAGUAUUUUUUUUUUUUUUU